AUGGGAUCCGGUGUAGAAGAAGAAGAAUGCGAGAAGGAUCUGGAGAAAGGGCUUCCUUCACAUCCCGCCCUGUUACCGGAGACGACGCUACCGACAUCACCGACGUCGAGGCCUGCUCUGUUUCUAUCCAAUUCCGGGAAGGCCUUGUUGGCAUCCAAUUCGAGCAAAUCCUUGGUGUCGAGUUCGAGCAAGUCUCUCACAUCCGGUUGUAGUUCUAGAUUUCGAUUUGAUAAAAAGUACCUGAAACAAGUUACAGGCCGCCACAACGACACUGAGCUACACCUCGCCGCACAACGGGGUGAUGUCGCGGCGAUCAGGCAGAUUCUGGCGGACAUUGAUGCUCAGAUGAUAGGUACAAUUAGUGCACAAGAAUUCAAUGCCGAGGUGGAAGAGAUCAAGUUAGCAAUAGCAAGUGAAGUGAAUGAAUUAGGCGAGACGGCGUUGUUUGUCGCGGCCGAGAAAGGGUACAUCGACAUCGUAAAGGAACUUUUGCAGUAUAGUACUAAGGAGGGUCUUUCGAUGAAGAAUCAAUUCGGGUUCAAUCCAUUGCAUAUUGCAGCAAACCGAGGUCAUGAAGCCAUUGUUCAGGUUCUAUUGGAUUGCGACCCGGAAUUAUGUAAAACGGUCGGGCAAGGAAAUGCGACCCCUCUUGUAUCGGCAGCGACAAAGGGACAUACGGCUGUUGUCGAUGUCUUGCUCAGCAAAGACCCUAGCUUGCUAGAGAUAACAAAAUCGAAUGGGAAAAAUCCAUUACACUUUGCUGCAAGGCAAGGGCAUGUAGAUAUUGUUAGGGCAUUGCUUGAAAAGGGUCCACAAUUGGCAAGACAGAUUGACAAGAAAGAGCAAACAGCAUUGCAUAUGGCAGUCAAAGGGGUAAGCUGUACAGUAGUGAAGUUGCUUCUUAUGGCGGAUUCUUCCGUUGUCACGCUCCCGGACAAGUUCGGUAAUACGCCAUUACACAUUGCUACUAGGAAAAAACGGACAGAGAUUGUGAAUGAACUUUUACACAUCCCUGAGACUUGUGUGAAUGCACUUACAAGAGACCAUAAAACAGCUCUUGACAUUGCUGAAGGGCUUCCACUCUCCGAAGAAAUAGCCGAAAUAAAAGAGUGUCUGUCCAGUUUCGGUGCAGUGAGAGCGACCGAUCUAAACAAUGCACCGGACGAGCUGAGGAAAACCAUGAAAGAGAUCAAGAAAGAAGUGCAUACUCAGCUCGAACAAACCCUCAAAACAAACAGAAACGUCGACGGCAUUGUCCUAGAGCUGAUUAAACUUCACCAGCAAGGCAUCUACAACGCCACCAAUUCAAUCACGGUGGUAGCCGUGCUUUUCGCAACCGUUGCAUUCACAGCUAUUUUCACGGUUCCCGGGGGAGACAACGACGAUGGGAUUGCCGUUGCCUCCCGGGGGAAAUCAUUUAAGAUCUUCUGCCUGUUCAACGCGAUCGCGCUCUUCACUUCGCUGGCGGUCGUGGUUGUACAAAUCACGGUCGUGAGAGGAGAACUGAACACGGAGAAAAGGUUCAUCCAGGUGAUCAAUAAGUUGAUGUGGUUGGCCUCCAUCUGCACUAGCAUAUCGUUUGUCGCCUCGGCACAUAUAGUAGUCGGUCGACGUCAACAGUGGGCGGCGAUUCUCGUAAUGGUUAUAGGAGGAGUAACAAUGGCAGGAGUACUUGGUGGCAUGACUCUUUUAGUUUUGAAAAACAAAAGGAUUCGAAAAAGGAGAAAGCGAGAGAAAAAACAAGCAGGCUCAUUGAGUUUAUCAGAUUCUGAUACUGAAGUGGGUGCAAUCUAUGCCAUUUAA